AUGUUGAAAUACCAGUUUUAUACGUUGCCACAACCGGAUGCGAUGGAAUGUGUGGUUUUCGGAGAUCCUUCAAACGCAUAUAAGAACAGAUAUAAGAAUAUACCAUGCCUGGACGUUUCGCGAAUUCUCUUAGAAUUUUUGCUAUUUGAAGGAGGUGGAGGUUAUAUUCAUGCAAAUCGGGUUACUUAUCCAUUAUUGCGAAACCAGUUUAUCUUGACUCAGGGACCGCUUCCUCAGACAAUACCAGAAUUUUGGCGGAUGAUAUGGCAAGAGCAAGUCGCAACUAUUAUUAUGUUGUGUAAGAAUGUUGAGAAUGGGAAACGAAGAUGCGCUGAGUAUUUUCCAAAAGAGAUCGAUUUUCCCGUUUGUUUUGUGAAUGGACAGCUCACAGUCAUCUUAAGGUCGCGCUAUAUUGAAAGCGAUAUGGUUGUUUCAACGAUUGAAUUAAAAUACUUGAAUGAUAGUCGAACAAUAAUUCAUUAUCACUGGGUAGCAUGGCCGGACUUUCAGGUAUGUCAACUAAAAGAUUAUAGAAAUAAGGAAUCAAAAUGA